AUGUUAUCAAAGUCUUUCAACUGUCGCUGGGGCUCUGCCCUCCUCUUGGCGUCUCUUUGUCCGUCAGUGCUCGCUAGAGCCACUCCUCCGACAACCACCCACGAUAAGAGAGCUAGCUGGGCGAGCAACCCUCUCCUUCAGGACUUUGACUCCAAUGGUGCUUGGUUCCAGCAAGUUGCAGACAUUGCCGGGAACUCCACCUCCCGUAAAACCUCCAAUGUCUCGAUUGCUAUCGUGGGAGGCGGCGUCUCUGGCCUCGCCACUGGCCUGAUGCUGGACAGCGUCGGCGUCCACAACUGGGAGAUCAUCGAGGCCAGCGAACGUGUAGGUGGCAGAUUCCGGACCAUCUUCGUUGGAGACACGGAGGAAUUCGCGGAGAUGGGUCCGAUGAGACUCCCGUACAAGGUCACCUACAACAGCGACAACUCGACUCACGAGUAUACCGACCACCGGAUGACGUUUCAGUUGGCCGAGCUUCUCAAUGAGAUGAACAACAAUGACCCCAAGUACAAGAUCGAUUUCAUCCCAUGGAUUCAGCAUCACCCAAACGAACUCCUUGCUUUGGGCACCGGAAGGCAUCCGGACGGCAGGGUUCCCACUCGCGCCGAGAUUGCUGCGGAUCCGAGCCUUGGUACUCCUCCUGUCAUGACCUCGGCGGAAUACAACGACACCAAGAAAGAGCUCAACAGGAUCCUGAAGAACGAAACACUUCUCCGGGAAAUUCAAGCCGACGUCUGGCGUGCCCACAAACAGGUCAUGGACCUGGGCUAUGACGACUGGAGCGAGCAAUCCUACAUCCGCAACCACCUAGGCGCGGACGAGAACGUCACCGAUGCCAUCUGGACCUCAACCGACUACGAUGUUAUCUGGGAUGAGAUGGUGCACAACUCAAACCUCGCGCUCGACGGUUCGGAUGGUACUCUUGGCGAAACCGAGUGGAAGUGUGUCGACAAGGGCUUCAACCGCAUCUCGGACGCGUUCAUCCCUCAUGUGUCCGAUCGACUGGUGCUUAACCGCAAGAUCCGCAAGUUGGAACCUGUUCAAGACGAUGCUGGUCACGCCCGUACGCGUCUGUCGUGGUACCCUAGUGCCAAGAACAGAACUUUUGAGUCCAAGGACUACGACUACACUAUCAUGGCUGUCCCGUUCACCAUGACCCGCUUCAUGGAUCUGCCGGAGUUCUCAUCCGUCCUUGGCCGGGCCAUCAGCGAGGCUGGUCUUCGGUUCAAGUCUGCUUGCAAGGUCUCUUUGCUGUUUUCUGAGAGGUUCUGGGAGAAGGGCGAGCGCCCGAUAUUUGGCGGAUACUCUAAGCCGGAGGACAAGGCCGUAGGGGCUUUGUACUACCCAGUCUAUGGGCUGAACGAGUCGCGACCCGGUCUCAUUACACACUACCGGGGCGGAGAUUGGAGCGAUCGCUUCGUCAGCUUCACGGAAGAGGAGCAUGUCGGCUUGGUUCUUGAUGCGAUCGCCAGCUUGCACGGUGAACAAGCGAGGGAUCUUUACACUGGCGACUACACGCGUCUCUGCUGGCUCGAAGAUGAGCACACAGCCACUUCUUGGUGUCGACCGGACGUUGAACAGCACAAGCUGUACAUUCCAUCUUACCAUCGCACUGAGCACAACACGAUUUUCAUCGGCGAACACACGGCUCCGACUCACGCUUGGAUUAGCUCUUCGCUCUACUCUUCUGUUAGAGGUUCUGUGCAACUUCUUCUUGAGUUGGGCAUGGUGAAUGAGGCGAAGAAGUUGAACGAGCAGUGGAUGGGCCAAUGGAUCAGUAAUGAAUAG